AUGAGUGGUGGUGGAAUUACUGUUCAUCGAUUCGACACCGCCCAGGCAUAUAAUUGCACUAACGGAAUCCGCUGGAUAGAGCGGAUAUUCUCGGAUUGUGUAGAUACAGAACUGAAGCUGCUUGGCUUCAUUAUUGGGAUUAUAUCCUUACUUCUUUGGCUAGUUCCUUUGCUGCCGCAACUUCAUCAGAACUACAAAACGAAGAAAUGCGAUGGUCUUUCUUUAGUAUUUUUAUUCUUUUGGCUUGCUGGAGACACAUGCAAUAUGUUAGGCGCUAUUUUGACUAAUCAAACACCCAUUCAAAAGAUUAUUGGGGUUUACUAUAUUUUCCAAGACUUAGCGCUGUGGGCGCAGUACGGGUAUUACACAAAGAUAUACCCCGGUCUCGGCAGUCAGCGAAGCUCUACUAUUGUUGUACCGUGCAUAGCACUUACAUCACUAGGAUCGUUUUGUUUGUUGUCCAGCGAUAGAAGAACACGUACCAUACGUUCAGCGCCUAGUACCAGCUUAAUACAGGAUCUUUCCCUAGAUUACGUCUUAAAGAUGUGGCCUAUAUUCGAAAGCUAUUCUGAUAUG